UGGUACAUGCAAAAGGCCACAAAGCCCCAAGAAAAGUCUAAUUUGCUAUUUCUUUCAGUCAUUUUGUCAAGCACGUAGUUAAAUCACUAAAACUCAUUCAUUCAUUUGCUAAUCGAGGUAAGAGAAAUAGAGAGAGAUGAAGGAACAGAAGGCGGUGGUGUUGGUGCUACUACAAGUGCUGGUGCUGUUUUUGGGUUUAUGUGAGUCAUCAAUGUCAUCAGCUCCUUAUGUUGAUCAGGUGCAUAACAGGAGGAAGUCCAUGCUAACCGAGCCGACGUCGUCACUGUUGCUCAACCGAUUUGGGUCCUCCAUCGUGUUCCCACUCUUCGGGAACGUCUAUCCUAUUGGGUUUUACAACGUCACCCUCAACAUAGGGCAGCCAUCAAAGCCCUACUUUCUGGAUCCUGACACCGGUAGUGACCUCACAUGGCUCCAGUGUGACGUUCCCGGUAGCAAAUGCACCGAGGCACCUCAUCCACUUUACAGGCCUCACAACAACCUGGUAGUCUGCAUGGACCCUCUUUGUAAAGCGUUGAACCCAUCCGGUGAACACAAAUGUGAAAGUGCCCCAGAGCAAUGUGACUAUGAGGUUCAGUAUGCAGAUGGUGGUUCAUCUAUUGGUGUCCUUGUCCAGGAUGUCUUUUCCAUCAACCUUACUAAUGGGAUGCAAUUUAAACCUCGCCUACCCCUUGGCUGUGGAUAUGAUCAGAUGCCUAAUCCAGCUUCUCAUCCCUUCGACGGAGUACUUGGCCUCGGCAAGGGACAGUCCAGCAUUGUAUCACAGCUUAGUAGGCAGGGUUUGGUGCGAAAUGUGAUUGGCCAUUGUUUAAGUGGGCGAGGCGGAGGAUAUCUCUUCUUCGGUGAUGGCCCUUACGAUUCUUCACGUGUGCUUUGGACAUCAAUGUCACAUGAUCAUCCCCAACAUUACUCACCCGGCUUUGCGGAGCUCAUAUUUGGAGGAAAGACCACUGGAAUUAAAAACUUGGUCCUAGUUUUUGACAGUGGGAGCUCCUACACCUACCUAAAUUCUCAAGCUUACCUAGAGUUAACUACUUUGGUGAAGAGAGAAUUAAGUGGAAGGCAGUUAACAGAAGAAUUGGAUGACAAGACUCUCCCAAUCUGUUGGAGAGGUCGAAGACCAUUCAAAAGCCUAAAAGAUGUCAGGAAAUACUUCAAGCCCUUAGCAUUAAGCUUCAUCAAUGGUGGGAAAGCCAAAAUUCAGUUUGAACUCCCCCCUGAAGCUUAUUUAAUAAUAUCGUCCAAGGGAAAUGUUUGCUUGGGAAUUCUAAAUGGAACAGAACAAGGGCAGGGUACUUUGAACAUCAUCGGAGACAUAUCAAUGCAAGAUAAGAUGGUUAUCUACGAUAACGAGAAGCAGUUGAUUGGAUGGAUGCCUGCAAACUGCGAUCGGCUUCCAAAAUCUAACACUGUUAGCAUUUGAUGACAAUGAGUAAGCUUGUCAAUUCAGCAUGUGAUGGACUUAGCCAUGAUAUAUAAAAGAGAAUAGUUGUUAA